GAAAAAUUUAAACGGGGACGAGUACGUGCGCGUACUCGUAUUCUUUGUGUGGCAACGUAGAGAAGCGCCAAAAGAGUGACCAUGGCUGAUGAAAAACCAAAGGAGGCUGUCAAGACAGAAAACAACGAACACAUAAACUUGAAGGUGGCAGGUCAGGAUGGAUCUGUAGUGCAGUUCAAGAUUAAAAGACACACACCGCUCAUCAAGCUCAUGAAGGCCUACUGUGAGAGACAGGGACUGUCGAUGAGGCAAAUCAGGUUCAGAUUUGAUGGACAACCGAUAAAUGAGACAGACACACCAGCACAGUUGGAAAUGGAAGAUGAAGAUACAAUUGAUGUGUUUCAGCAACAGACGGGAGGUCUGAUUUAAUCAACCACAUGCGCCACCAUUCUCCUCCUCAACACAACCAACCUUCCCGGCCUGUGAUACACAGCAGCUGCUUCUUUGCGACUUGUCCUAUUUUCUCGACAAAAUUCCACUCAGAAGAAGUUGUCAUUUCUCUGCCACACAUAACUGCUGUAUGGUAUUUUCAUUCUUGCCCAUGUUUCCUUUCUGUAUUUGUACAUAAACCACAUCGAAGUCACCCUGAGUUCAGGAUUUGUUUGUUCAUGUAUUGUGGUUAUUAUUAAGGACUUCCCUUCCCAAUUUGAAGGGCUUGUUUCUAAGGUUGCAGACAGAUAGGACGGGUGAUGGAGUGAGAAUUAAUAAAACUGACUUUACUGGUCAAAUGUUGUUGGGCUAGGCUUGAUGAGUGCCCAGUAAAUCUGUUCUUAAAGUGUACUAUUUUGGGAGUGGUUAUCACUUAAUGAAUGGUAAAGUCCAGUUUGGGAAUGGGGCUGGAUUGUCAUUUGGUUUCUGUCCUCUUCAGAAAAAAUUAUUUGAUUUUAUACAUUUUUUUAUAUAGUAGCUGAUGUGUAGAGAAAUGUUUUGAUUAAUCAUUUGACUAGGCCAAGCUUCAAAUUUUGGGAAGCAUGAAAAGAUGUUUCAGUUAAACAAAACAAAACAUCUGUCUUGUCUAUUAAGAUGCCUGUUAAAAUAAAGCUAUUGUCUUUUUCCAA